AUGAAGAAAUUCGGUGUUGCGGCCUUCGGCGAGUCUGGUCAAUAUGAUCUUGCCUCGAACAAGUUAGGCUCACAGAAUAAUGAAUUGAAUGAGCAGCUUUCAAUCUUUCAAGUUAAACUAGUGGAAUUUGCCAGGCAACAUAAUAAAGAGCUCCGAGAUGUUCCCCGUUUUCGUGCGAAGUUUAUGAGAAUGUGCUCAGCGAUAGGCAUUGAUCCAUUAUCUAUAUUCGAUAAGAAUAGCCAUUUAUUCCAUAUAGAUGACUUCUACUAUCAGAUAUGCGUGAAGAUUAUAGAGAUUUGCCGGAACACAAAGGAUGUCAACGGUGGUGUUAUAUCUUUAGAAGAGUUGCAUGUCAAUUAUUUCAAGAACAUGAACAUAGAAAUGGAGGACAUUGAAAAGGCCAUUAUAAUGUUGGGACCCCUAGACGGUGGCUUUGAGUUGUUUACUAUAAGACAGAAAAAGUUCUUACGUAGUGUGCCAAAUGAACUUACGGAUGACCAGACUAAAAUUCUUGAAAUAUGUUCUAUCAUGGGAUAUGCCAGUAUAACUCUUCUUAGAGCCAACCUCAACUGGAAAAGAGUAAGAAGUCAGUCAGUUUUGGAUGGAAUGGUGGCAUCUGGACUAAUUUGGGUUGACUCACAGUCUCUGGAAGGAGAAGUGUUGUACUGGGAUCCGUCUUGGAUCAUCAACUUAAGCUGA